UUCUUUUUCUUGCACUCGGUCGGGAAAAGGAGGCUAAAAAUGUCAAAAGCAACACUCGGCCUGAUCGCCGCCGCCUCGGCCGCGGCCGGAUCUGCCGCAACAGCAAUCUACUACUCCACCGUAAACAACCAAAAGAUCGUACCUCCCGCUGUCCCGGCAACAAAAGGGAUUCCGGCAACCUCGGGCGGCCGUCUGCCGCCACUGGUAGGCAUUACAAGCUCCCCAGUGAAGGCAGCACAGUCGCGGAAACCGGUUGAUCCUUCGGGGCUGUUCCAGUACGGGUUUCCCGGACCUGUGAAUGAUCUUGCGACGAGGGCGGCUUUGGUUUCGGCUUUUGAUCGCAGGACGAGAAAUCCAAUUUGGGUUGCUGAACAUAUAACUCCUGAGUCGGUGGCCGCUAAGGAGGGGGAUCGGCAUCGGAGCAAGUUUGUGGAGGAUCAUGAUGUUCCGGAGAAGUUUAGAGCUAGAUUGAAUGAUUAUAGGGGAAGUGGGUACGACCGUGGGCACCAGGUCCCCGCCGCAGACGCGAAAUUCAGCCAGGAAGCUAUGGACGAUACUUUUUUCCUAACAAACAUGUGCCCGCAAGUUGGCGCGGGAUUCAACCGUGACUACUGGUCCCAUUUCGAGGACUUCUGCCGCCGCCUAACCUCAAGAUACCCUUCUGUCCGAAUCGUGACCGGACCCCUCUAUCUCCCCCGCCGCGACUCCGGGGGCAAGUACCACGUCUCCUAUGAAGUCAUUGGUAAUCCCCCGAACGUGGCCGUUCCCACACACUUCUACAAAGUCAUCCUUGCGGAAGACGGUGUUGUUGGCGGGACCGUUGCUGUUGGGGCGUUUGUUCUGCCGAACGCUGUUAUCGACAACAGCACCAGAUUGGAGGAGUUUUCGGUGCCGCUUAGUAUUGUGGAGAGAGCUUCGGGCGUGGAAUUCUUGUCGAAGCUACCGGUGAACCGGAGGAAGGAGCUAUGCAAGGAGAUCGAGUGCUCCAUUACUGUGCUGGAAUUUAAUAAUGCUAGCAAGAGUGUUACUGGAGUGCCGGCUCCGGGGAAGAGGUAA